UCGAGGCUCUGCAGGCAGGAGGUGUUUGAAGAACCAUGUCAGCUCUUCCAAUGAUGUAAAGAAGAAUCCCUUUCGCGAUUAACCUCAUAAACAGUGGUGAACAUGAAAACCUUAACUUUUUGGAGCGGAAAACGUUUUUUCAAGAGCAAUGCAUUGGACUUGAGUGUGGAUUUGUUCCAGGUUUUCGUCGUUGCCCGGCAGAACUCAUGAAACCCUCUUCAGAUCGACGGGUUUAUGGACUCGCGUAUUAGCUAAUGAUGUCUAUGGGUUUCAUGCCUGAUAGUCUGAAUGCCUCAGAUCCCUCCAAAUCGGCCUUUCUAGAGUUUGGCCACGGACAUCCGGCACACCAGCAGCACUCCUCCGGAUUCUCUCACAUUUACCCCGUUCACGGCUUGCAUGCUGCUGGGCAUUCCCAGCACGAAAGUCCUUUUCCUGGCAGCGCGUCCUAUGGCCGCUCUUUGGGCUACGCCUACCCCGGCGCGGUGAACACUCAUCCCCCGUCUGCUUACAUGUCCUACCAGCAAAGCAAUCACAGCAGCAGCAGCAGUGUGGCCCACAGCAGAUUAGAGCAGACAGAUCGCGAGAAGUCCACGGUGAUUGAGAGCAGGGACACUCGUCUAAAUGGCAAGGGGAAGAAAAUCCGGAAGCCUCGGACCAUCUACUCCAGUCUACAGCUGCAGGCGCUGCACCAGCGCUUUCAGCAGACCCAGUACCUGGCCUUACCGGAGCGCGCAGACCUGGCGGCCAAACUGGGACUCACCCAGACUCAGGUGAAAAUUUGGUUUCAGAAUAAGCGCUCCAAGUAUAAAAAGAUCAUGAAGCAUGGCAGCGGAUCAGAGGGAGAGCAUCUCCACAGCACUAGCUCCAUCUCUCCCUGCUCGCCCGGGUUGCCCCAGCUUUGGGAGGUCUCCAUGGCGAACAAGGGAGCCCAAAUGCACCCAAACAGUUACAUGAACACUUUUGGUCACUGGUAUCCAAACCACCAUCCUCACCAGGACGCGAUGACGAGGCCUCAGAUGAUGUGAGUGGACUGUUUUUGGUGCAGCCCAGGUGCAUCGGGCCCAUAUGAAGGGCACUUCAGACUACACUGAACUUGCUGGUUUCUCUCAAGGCCUCUUCUCAAAACUGAAUUGUGUUUAAAACGUGUGUUUAAUAGAACUUGUGCAUAUUCAUUGUAUUUCGUGUGCGUUUUGAAUUCAAUUUUCACUGCAAAAAAAUCGACUAGGCAUCAAAUAUAUUUUUAGCUUUGUUAUAAUGUCACUGAAACUAAACUCACUGAAAUGUGGACUUUAAAAGAGUGUGCAGUUUAACCACAUACUCUGGAUGACAGAUUUUUUUAAAGAAUACGCUGCCUAUUUGUGUGCGUGGGUCUUCUUCAUUAGCAAAAUAGUUUCAGCUGCAUGGUCCAACCUAUGGUAUGAGCAUUAUGCAAAUAAAUAGCUGUUGGAUUG